AUGUCGGUAUUCCUGCUGGCGUUGGUGGCCCUGGCUACGGGUGUAAACGGUAAAGCAGUUAUAUCGAAUGCUGUGGACGAUGGACUUUCACAGAAUUUCAUUGCAGCUGCAGCAAGAAUGGAUUCCAACCUGAAUGGUUGUACCGCCCUUUCUACACAUUGUCGAUCAGAGUGCGUACAUGUAGACCCCCAGGGCUGUCCAGUGUGCUCUUGUCCUGACUCAGCUGCAUCUACAAGUCUGACACAUUCAAGCACCGGAAAAGGAAGUAGCAGAAUUACUUCCGGUAACAACAAUGGCUGCAAACCGUUCCCUAAAUCCUGUCACGCCGAAUGCACAAAAAUUGAUGACAUAGGGUGUAUCAUAUGCGACUGUUCAGGUGUCCAGAGUAGCAGCCAAUCAAUAUCCGCCGGAAGCGGAAGCAGUAGUGGUUCUUCCGGUAACAAUAACGGUUGUUCAGCGUUUCCCAGAUCGUGUCAAAGCGAGUGUAUGAAGAUCGAUGACAGGGGGUGUAUCGUGUGUGAGUGUUCAGGCAUGUUAACAAAUACAACGAGUUCCGGUCAGACCGGAAGUAACUCCGGAGUCGGAUUUGCAGUAGGCGUUGUCUGCCCACAAUUUAACAAGAACUGUGAUCCAGCCUGUAUCGGGGUGGAUAGUGUUGGAUGUAUCGUUUGCUCCUGUUCAGGUCCUUCUCCAAAUAAUGUCUGUCCGGCAAUACCACAAAAUUGUCCAUCAUCCUGUUUGACCAUCAAUGCCGAGACCGGAUGUGUAUUGUGUUCAUGCGCGGGCGAAACAGGGACAACUACCGAGGCACCUGUCGUCUGCCCACAGUUAUACGUCGGCGACUGCCACAGCGACUGUCUAGGUCUGGACGUCAAUGGCUGCGUCAUUUGCACGUGCUCUGCUACAGCUGUUACACCAGUCAUAACAGUUGCGCCCACACAAACACCAGCUACAUCGGCUCGACCGACAGUAACGCCAUCUGCAACCGGAACUGGAAGCAACGGCGCCUGCCCUCCAUUUGGCAUACACGACUGUGAUGCAGCUUGUGUUGAAAUGGACAGGAUGGGUUGCCUUUCCUGCAAAUGUUUCACCGCGUUACCGGGACGAACAACACAGUCGCCCUCUAGCGGAGGGAAAAUUGUCCCAGGAAUUUGUGCGCCGUUUAACAUCAACACGUGUGACCCUGCAUGUGUGACAGUUCAUGAUAAUGGCUGUUUUUCAUGUGAGUGUGGGUCUGGAAAUGGAACUGUCGCACCUUCAGCGACGCCAUCUAAUGGCGGAGUAAAUGUACAUCCGGGCGGUUGCCCAUCAUUUGACCCUAUGACAUGUGCCGCUGAUUGUGUAAAGAUGGACGAUCAUGGCUGUAUGUCAUGUACCUGUACGACAGGUUUACCGAUCGGACCAAAAACUCCAUCACCAUCAUCAGAUCCCUCUGGCGGCGGAAAUGUACAUCCGGGCGGUUGCCCAUCUUUUGACCCUAUGACCUGUUCCGCUGAUUGUGUCAAGAUGGACGAUCGUGGGUGUAUGUCAUGUACCUGCAGUUCCGAAAGUCACACUAAUCAAACAUCAACACAGCCAUCGACUGCAGCGCCACUAGUUACGAAAACAUCCACCCAGGCGCCGGUUGUUACACAAACGACUCCCAGAGCGUCCAUCACUACCAAAUCUCCGACACAGGCACCUACUAUAACAAAUUCGCCAAUACAAGAACCAAUCAGUACUCGGGCGCCUGUAUUAACGCCAGAGCCUACAGAUAAUCAUGCCCUGUGCCCACCCGUCCGUUGCACGGCGCCCUGUAACCUCGGUAUCGAGAUUGAUAAAAAUGGCUGCCCCAAAUGUAAAUGUAGUGCCUAGAAUGUUCCGUUAAAUAUUUGUAUAUGUUUUGUUGAUUUCAACACAUAAAAAACGUA